CUCCUCCUCUUUUCUGGCGGAAGCUGAAUGAGAACGCGCGCGCCCUUCAUUCCGUCUCACUCCUGCAGCGCGUGCGGAGCUCCAGAGCCGCUUCACCGGGGACGCAGAGACUCUUCACCGCGCGCACACCGGAUAUCAUGGCCUCAGUCCUGGAGAAACUCAUCACCUCCCUGAGCAGUGGUCCUGCUGAACCGCCCACCAACAAGGUGACUGUGGUGGGAGUUGGGCAAGUGGGCAUGGCCUGUGCUGUCAGCAUCCUGCUGAAGGAUUUGUGUGAUGAGCUGGCGCUGGUUGAUGUGCUUGAGGACAAGCUGAAAGGAGAGAUGAUGGACCUGCAGCAUGGCAGCCUGUUCCUCAAGACCCACAAGAUCAUCGCUGAUAAGGACUACUCAGUGACGGCGAACUCGCGCAUCGUUGUGGUGACGGCUGGAGUUCGUCAGCAGGAGGGCGAAAGCCGCCUCAACCUGGUGCAGAGGAAUGUCAACAUCUUCAAGCACAUCAUCCCUCAGAUCGUCAAACACAGUCCCAACUGCAUCCUCAUCGUCGUCUCCAACCCGGUGGACAUCAUGACCUACGUGACUUGGAAGCUCAGCGGCCUUCCCAAGCACCGUGUCAUCGGCAGUGGCACCAACCUGGACACGGCCCGUUUCCGCUUCAUCAUGGCUGAGAAGCUGGGGAUCCAUGCAAGCAGCUUCAACGGCUACGUCCUGGGAGAGCACGGAGACUCGAGCGUGCCUGUAUGGAGCGGCGCUAACGUCGCUGGGGUGAACCUGCAGAAGCUCAACCCGGCCAUUGGGACAGAUCAGGACCCCGAGAACUGGAAGGAGGCUCACAAGAUGGUGGUGGACAGUGCCUAUGAGGUGAUUAAGCUGAAGGGUUACACUAACUGGGCCAUUGGAAUGAGCGUCGCUGAUCUGACUGAGAGCCUGGUGAAGAACCUGAGCAGAGUCCAUCCUGUUUCCACCAUGGUCAAGGGCAUGUAUGGGAUUGGUGGGGAGGUGUAUCUCAGCCUGCCCUGUGUCCUGAACUCCAGCGGUGUGAGCAGUGUGAUCAACAUGACCCUGACUGACAGUGAGGUGGGGCAGCUGAGGAAGAGUGCAGACACUCUGUGGAACAUCCAGAAAGACCUGAAGGACCUGUGAAGCUGUCCUGUAGUGGACACACACACACACACACACACACGCCUCUAAUCCUCCACUUCACAUACAUCCCCACAUGCAUGCAGGACGUAGGUAUAUUUUUACACCUCUGUCAUUUUUUUCUGUUUUGCUUUUGUUGUUUAAAGAUCGAGCUCCGAGUCCGAACUCUUUCUGUUCUACUGAUCUGUGAAUAAAAUGUUGUCAGAUCAUUUUUUUCAUUAAUAUAGUCGGAGUGAAAGAGUUUUAUAAUCUUUCUGUUGACAGGAGCCGGGCUGAGCUAUAUUUCUCUAAAAAAAGAAAAAAUAUGUGUUUAAAAUGAGUGUAAAAUUAGUAAUAAUGAAUAAAAUUCCACUUACAGAUGUU